UUUACAGAGUCAUUGUUGACACAAUGAUAUAACAUCGGUUAUGGCUCUUCGUAUUUACAGAUUACUGAAGAAUUCUGUUAAGUUUUACAGUUUUCCUUACUUCUACUUUUUUUUUUUCCUUCAAUAAAAACAAUGUCGCGAGAAAUAUUUUCAAGUUCAAAUGAAUGUUUUCUUUUAGUAAUAAAUCCAUGUCAGAGUUAAUUUGCUGCAAAUCGAUAAUAUAUGGAAAGUAUUAUACGUUGCUUUUUCAAGAAUACGUUCCUGGGAGAGUCUAAAAAUUUAUCUAGGUAAUAAGCGAAGUGUAUACUUAAUAAAAAAUGAUGUAUACAAGGAAUUGUACUUGUGAUUAAUAACGAUCGAAAGAAUAUAGUCAGACAAUGACCAAUACCGACGAUGAUUUUUAUUUAUUUUUUAAACAGAAUGAGAAAACAAAAUUCCGAACACAAUCAAACUGUAAAAUAUACUAUUGGCAGAAGAUACCCCAGUAAAACCAAAAUCCAGAUAAAAACCAUUCUUCUGCAUCUCAGUAUACAAAGAUUCUCUUGUUUUCCUUAACUGGAGUAACCGAUAAAUUUAAAGAUGAAAUCAGUCCGCUACCAACUUCACUAUUAUAAAUGCAUAACUAGUUUUUUGCAGUGAGAAAUAUAACCUAAAAACCUACAUAUCCAUAUACAAUCAAAAAUAUCAUUGAUCAAAAUGGGAGAUGCGGAAAAGAAGCAGAAGCAACAUCAUCAACAACGCCAUCAUCAUCAUCGGCGACGUCGUGAACAGGAAGAAAAAGAAGGGGAGCAUACAGCAACGCAGUCGCAUACCGAGCCACCAGUCACAACAACCCCAGUCGAUCCGGAUACGUCCGAGCUUGUUCGAAAAUUCGUCACGAAGGAAGCAAAAAUGUCACGAGAUAAAAAAGAAAAGAAACCAGCAGUGGUAAUUCGUCAGCCGAAUUACCUUACCGACCGUAGGAUAUCUCAGGCGGAAAUGCAGAGACGCCACACUUGGCUUCAAAGGACAAGACUGAGUGUCGCCAUGGCUAGAAAUCGUUGUCGUAUAACACACGAAGUUCGAUUUCCAGAAACAUUUAAUGGUCUAUACUGUUCACGUUUUUCUCCAGACGGUGAAAUCAUUGCCACGAGUUUUGGUACCGGCUGUAUACAGGUACGAAAUGGCGAGACUGGCGAAACGAGAAAUACUAUGAGAAGUGGACUGGACACUUCCUUUCCCGUGAUGUGCUGCCGUUUCAAUCCAAUCCGCUCUGAUGUUUUUUAUGCGUCUAGCGCCUGUGGAAAUAUUUUUGCUUGUACUACCAGCACGAAUGAAUUUUCGCGCUUCAUCGAAGAACCAAAAAACGAAGUGAACACCAUCGACGUGAGUGUAACUGGUGAAUAUAUAGUUUCCGCCGGAAAGGAUGCGGCUGUCAGAUUAUAUGAUGCUGAAACUGGUCAGAUUGUAACAACUUAUAAAAAACACAAUGCUGAUUUACUCGACGAAAAAAUAAGCAAGUUCCAUAGGAUGAGAAUAUUUGCUUCGAGAUUUCAUCACACUUAUCCUGAAUUAAUUAUCACUGGCGGAUGGGACGAUACUGUCAAGAUCUGGGACACGCGACUGGGAGACGGAUCGAUCAGAUCGAUAAAAGGACCUCACAUAUGUGGUGACGCGAUCGACGUUAGAGAGACACAUAUCCUGACGGGGUCUUGGGUCGUAAGAGGAAGUCUUCAGAUAUGGGAUAUGAUGAGUGGGAAAUUAAUCGAAACGAUCAAUCCACAAAAUAGACCCACUACACUCGAUGGUGAAUUUCUUUAUGCCGUUCAGUAUUUUGACGGAGAUCCUUAUGGAGAAACUGUUCUCGCCGGUGGAUCAGGUACUGGUGCUGUUGAGGUGAUAAGUUUGAAAGAAAAAAAGGUUAUGGGCAGUUUUCGGGUUAACAAAGCUGUCGUCACUUUGGAUAGUUGCAGAACGAUUAUUGUUUUUGGAGGAAUGGAGACUGUCAUUAGGAUCGCUGAUUACAGUUAGCUUGCAGAAUGGUUAUCUCAUUAAUCGAAGAUGACAACAGCUCGAAGCAGACGUAACUCUUUUCUUCGGCUACAAACUACUUUCCGGAUUUAUCGAUGAGUCGUGAACGCAGCGAUCCACUCACCUCGGCAUCGUCUCAUCGAAG